CGAGGCUCCGAACGUCCUCUUCUGCUCGAUCCACGAUCCAUCAUGGCGGUGGGAAAAAAUAAGAGACUGACCAAAGGAAAAAAGGGACUUAAAAAGAAGAUCGUUGAUCCCUUUACCAAGAAAGAUUGGUAUGAUGUCAAAGCUCCGUCCAUGUUCACCAUCAGACAGAUCGGCAAAACCAUGGUGACCAGAACAACUGGAACUAAAAUUGCUUCUGAUGGUCUCAAGGGACGUGUGUUUGAAGCAUCACUGGCUGACCUUCAGAAUGAUGAGGUUGCAUUCAGGAAGUUUAAACUGAUUUGUGAGGAUGUCCAGGGAAAGAACUGCCUUACCAACUUCCAUGGCAUGGACAUGACCACAGACAAGCUUAGGUCGCUGGUCAAGAAAUGGCAGACCUUAAUUGAAGCAGCUGUCGAUGUUAAAACCACUGAUGGCUACCUGCUCAGGUUGUUCUGUAUUGGUUUCACCAAGAAAAGGCAAAAUCAAAUUAAGAAAACAGCUUAUGCCAAGCAUUCACAAGUGAAGGCUAUCCGUAAGAAGAUGGUCGACAUCAUCACUCGUGAUGUCAGCACUGGUGACCUCAAAGAUGCAGUCAAUAAGCUAAUCCCAGAUGCCUUUGGCCGAGACAUUGAGAAGGCCUGCCAAUCCAUCUACCCUCUUCAUGAUGUUUUCAUCAGGAAGGUCAAGGUUCUGAAGAAGCCGAAAUUUGACAUUGGUAAGUUGAUGGAGAUGCACGGCGAGGGAGCAGCCCACAGCAGCACAGAUGAAAGUGGCACCAAAAUUGAACGAGACAGCUUUGAACCACCUGUGCAAGAGUCUGUGUAAAAACAAUCAGCAAAAAUUGAACAUAGCAAAUUAAACUUCUGAAAGAAAAGAG